AUGGAAUCAUCGCUGCUUGUAGAGGACCAAAGCAGGCCGGCAGAACUUUUGUCGCCGUCGAGAGGAAGGAGAAAACAAGCGAAACCUCAGCGGAAAAAUGGUAAGUGUUUUUGUUUCGCUAUAUAUAAGUAGAGUCGGAUGUAUAUAGUCGUAAAUUUGCCGCCGUUUGGCCUACCGUUCAAUUCAGAUUAUUAUAUAUAGAUCUCCUAGUGUUAUUCAGCAGAUAAACGUAGAUCAUAUAUUAUUAUUAUUAUUAUUAUUAUUGUUAGAUCUGCCAAAGAUUUUUGGGGCCAUUGUGUUUUUUAACCCUCUUUGACGCCGCGAGGGCGGUCACACGGUCGCCGCUGGCACGUGCUACUACCCGGCAACAUGGCUGCCACCGCCACCCACGUGUGACGUCACCCUCUUACCCCUAAGGGUUCACCUGUUUUUUUUUUGUUCACCCUACUAUAUCGAAUAUAACAAAUGACAUUUGCGAUUUUAAGGGCGUUAAAUACAUUUAGGAUUUGUAACGACAAUGAGUGUUGCUGAUUCAUAUAAUGGUUUUUUUUUCGAACGUUGAAAUGAAAUUAGAUCAGCUCUUAGGCAUCCCCCAUAGUCUCGUUUAUUUUAUUUUUUCUUUUGUUUGAGCCGACGUUAAAAACCGGUUCUUAAGUUUCGCUACCUAAUACCAUUAAGCAUUUGUUUACCAUGUGUGCCUAUUUUAAACAAUUAUAUUUAUAUAAUAUAACUGUAGCAAUAUAAGUAAAAUACAAUUUUGGAAUAAUGCGGAAUUUUUGACUGAUGAUUCUUUAUUUAAAACAUUUUUCGUAAAUAUUCCCAUUGGUUUUUUUGAAAACGAUUUUUGAUUUACCAAAUUCUUAAAUUUGUUCACGCAGUAAUCCAGUAUAAUAUCCAAUUUUACCUACUAUCCACCUAAGACAGUGGCCUACCCAUAUAAGCAAUAUCGACUUUUUUUUGUUUAAAGUUCCUAUUGAUUAAUAAUUGAUAAGAAAAUCGAGUUUAUUAAUAUUAUGCAGGUAUAUAUCAGUGACCCACGUAAAUCUUCGGAAUUACAAAAUUGUUAAUCAAUAAAUCGUUAAAAAUUGUUGUUUACGUACCAUUCCGUACCUAUGUAUAAAUGCAUAUUUUAAUACUUACCUAUAUUUUUCAAUACUUAUUGUAUCUAACAUUCAGUAAUUAAUUUGAUAACUCAUCAAAUCGUAGUAACAAUAACAAAGAACUAUAAUGAAUAUAUCAUAUUGUUACAUAUAUGUAGUUUUUAAUUUGUAUAUUCCGUUUAAUAAUUAUUUACACAAAUAAAUAAGUAGGUACUAAAAAAAUUAUAUGACGGUUGUUUUAAUAAAAAAUUUAAAAUAGGUAACACGAUCAAAUUUUGUUUUAACCGUUAUUAUCUGUGUGUAUUUUUACAUUCAAAUUUUGAUUUAUUAGAAAUAUUUUGUACUCUGAUGAUACAAUAUGUGUUAUAUAUUGGUAAUGCAUUUAAUCAAAUAAAUAGUUGUAAAAUCGAUUUGUUUUACAACUUGAAAAUAAGUACUAUUUAUUAGGUAAACUGAUGCUACGAUUUAGAAAAUGCUAAAAUGUUAUUAAUAACUGUACGUAUUGAACUCAAAAUUUUAAAAUUAUGGAAUUUUUUUUUACUUGCGAGCAAGGCACUUUAUUAAACAGAGACAAUACAUGUAUUUACUCGUAAUUUAUUUAUCUUUAUUGUAACGUAGAGUAGUGACUGCACAUAAAUAAUAGAUUUAACAAACCGUUAUUUUGUUAAAAACAUAUAUAACAUAUUUAUGUAUUGCAUAUGUGUUUGAUCUAUACAUAAAUAGGUAAUUAUACAUAAUAUAUCAAUCAUUUUACUAAUUUUCUCAAAAAAUAUAAUAUAAUACAUAUUAAUAUACAGGAUGUAGUACGAAUGUAUAGUAAAAUAUUGUAUUAAAGAAAUGCGUUAUCCUUAAUAUUAUAUAGAAUAAUAAUAACCUUUAAUGGAUUAUCGACUAAUUUGUUUUAACUAAAAAAAUGUUGCCAAAACUAAAUAGAUAUAUCACAUUUUUAGUUAAUCUCUUUUGUAUCAUUGUAUCAUUUUGUAUCAUUUGUAUCUAGUUUUUAGUUUUUUGUUGAUUUUACUUGAAAAUAUUUUUUCGUAAUAAAUUAUAAAUUACGAAUACGAAAAAAUAAAAAAAAUCGAGCAAUCUAUGUGGGUAAACUUCUUAUACUAUUAAAUAAUUAUAGUUGUGAAGCAGUUUCCCAAGAAUUUGCAAUGGGAGGGGAUAUCACAAAUAUUAAUCAUAACAAUGAGAUCGUAUAAUCUUCUUCUUUUCCGAACUAACCAUUGAAUUUUUAAAAGUCAGUUCUAAAAAACGAAUUUUUAAUCAAUAAUCAAAUUUAUCCUUGUGAUUUGGUUGAGUAAUAUAUAUAUACGUUUCAAGAUUAAAAGAUAAUAAAUUAAAUACUCUGUGUUGCUGUAUUAAAAAGGGGGGGUAUAUUAUAAUCCUAAGGUCCGCACACGCUACUAUUGAUAAGUGUAUAUACAUAUUCACUGUACACGGGAAAUUAUAAUGCUGUUCAUAUAAUAAAUUAAUGCAACAAAAAAGAAAGUUUUAACAGUUUCUUGUCGAUAAAAAAAAAACUUAUUAUAACAUACGACAAAAGCCCUUAUAAUAAUAAUAUUCGUUUUAUCAGACUUCGUAGGUGGGUAUUAUACGAUAUUAUAAAAUCGACACGUCAUACCUAAUAUAAAUUACGUUUCGAUGUAAAUUAUUUGUCCGUUGUCGGUAGGGGGUGAGUUUAAUUUAGCUUGUGCGUCCACGACGAUCAACCGUGCGAAAUUAAUUAUCCGGGAGAGGGGGUCGUCGACCCACUCCGCUGCGCUGUUUGUGGGUCCGCAGAUUUUUGCCACGCGCCCUCCUCGUCCGUAUAUUAUAUACGAGUAUGGUAUACACCAGGUGAAGUAAAAAUACUUGUUUUUUUUUCUGUCGUUUUACUAUUGUAAACCUUACAAUAACAUCGCAAACCCCCCUCGGACUGUGCUGCGUACAGUUUCCCCGCACCGGUUUUAGACGUUUUAGUAUAUAUAUAUAUAUAGAAAUCGGGGUCGGGGGAGACUGGAGUCGGCGUAGAAUUUGUAUCAGGGGUCAUUUUUAAAGCGGUGGAUUAUCGACAGCUCCGGGGCGAAUCCGUUUUUAAAUAUUGUCUAGGGGAAAUAUAACAAAAAAAAAAAAAAAUAAUAAUAAAAAAAAUAAGCUAAAAGGGUCGACCGUACGGACGUGCAACCGGCGGCGUUCGCGGGCUAUAAUAGCUAGCGCACGCGUGCGUGUUUUUUUCUUCUCAUUAUUAACCGGUAGCGAUAAUCCCGAAUGGCCUUUGGGCCAGGUGAGACUAGAGUUCCAACGGUCGUUGUCGCCGCCGCCGGUUUAUAAACAAAAUCAAAAGAGAACAUAA